AUGAUGAAUCCUUACAUUAGCUGGGCUCUCCUGCUCGUCGUCGCAGGUGGCCUUGGCUGGUACUACAAUGGCCCCACCCCCAAGCAAAAGACCCCGAUCGUGGAAAAGACCGAGAUCGCGCCGGCUGUGAAGAAACCGAAGCGCAAGGCAAAGAAGUCCCCGGAGCCUUCCCCUGCUCCUAGCAAGCAGGUGGAGGAGAAGCCCGCAGCCCAGCCCACGGGCUCGAAGGCCAAUGAGGUGGACGAGGAGAUUGACAAGAAGGAGAUGGCGAAGCGUUUCGCCGCCGUGAAGAACGGAGUUUCCAUGCAGGCGCCCGCCGCCACCAAGGCCCAGAAGAAGAAGAAGGGCAAGGUCGCUCAGGUUGAGAACGGCGAGCGCUCCACCUCCCGCGUUUCUACCCGCACCUCGUCUACCACCGGUGCCGAUGCCGAUGAUGAUCUCUCCCCUGCUGCCUCCCCUCUUGUCAACGCCACUUCUUCCCCCGCUGGUUACGUUUCGGAUAUGCUCGAGGAGCCCGCUCCCGGCGCGUCAGUUCUCCGGGUCACUGGUUCCAUGGCCGAAGCCCCCAAGAAGCAGAAGCCCCAGUCCUUCAAGCAGGUUGAAACCAAGAAGCAGCGCCAGCAGCGGUUGAAGAACGAGGCCCGCAAGCAGCAGGUUCAGGAAGCCGAGGUCGAGAGACGUAAAUUGCUCGAGAAGCAGCUCCACCUGGCUCGCGAAGCUGAACGCCGCGAGGCGGCCCAGUCGAAGCCCGCCGCUCCCCAGACGAACGCCUGGCAGACCAAGACUUCCGCUCCCGCCACUAACGGUACUCCCAAGUCGACCCCCAGCCCCAAGGUGGAGCUGUUGGACACUUUUGUGUCGGACGCACCCGUCGCCCAGGCCAGCUCCAAGAAGCAAUGGGACCAGGGCCUUCCCUCCGAGGAGGAGCAGCUGCGCAUCCUUGGUGCCGAGAACGUUCAGGACCAGUGGACCACGGUCCCCAGCAAGGGCAAGAAGCCCAAGAAGAAGGGAGGUAAGACCGACGAGAGUGAGGUCAGCGCUCCGGAAAGUCAGCCCGCUCCCGCUGUCGCGGCCCCUGUUCCUGUUGAGCCCAAGGUGACGGUGACGCCCACUUAUCUUCCCGACAUCCUUCGCUCGAACGUGAAGGGACACCCUCUCGACUCCGACUGGGCUGCUUAG